AGUCUGAGUCGGUGGGAGUUUCUCAGCAUUUGACAAACACAGUCUUCGUGGACAGAGCCCUGAUCGUCGUUCCUUACGCUGAAGUGGAGAAGGCAAUUGCAGAGCCCCCUCCUUGAUGACUGAAAGUGGUCCUCUGCAGCCAACAGGGGAUUGUAGACAAUUACAAAAGGCCAGCAAGCAUUCAAGCCCCCCUCACUGUUUUCUUGGUGUAAACACUUAACUGUUUUCUCUUCUCUUGUGUUUUAGACCAUCCAUUAUAAUCAAAGUGGACACAAAGCUUUUUUUUUUUUUUUUUUUUCCCUCCCCCUCACAGGAUAGUUUCUAUAAAGAAAUAACAGAAAUAUGCAUUUGUAGUGAGAUUACUUUUUCUGGUUAUUAAUGUGAGUGCUUUGGAUACAGGUGGAGGCUUGUCAUUAUACAUCUCCAUAGCACUGCUCCCAAAAAUUUUCAUAUUCCAAGAAGCAUGGAAUAGUGUAGUCUUGAUUUAUGUUUAAAAUAAUAUGGGGGGGAUUUUAAUCCUCAAAUGUAUUCAUCCAGGAUUAUACAUUUCUAAUUUUAGAGAAGUUGGGUAAAAAAGAGACAUGUAAACAAGUUACUUUUUUUUCUAGUUCUGUUUGCCCAGGGAAAAUAUAAGUAGCUUAUUGUUUGACCUCCAUUUUAUCUUUAGUUAGCAGCGCCCCUUUUAUCUACAGCAGUGAAUAUGUGUUUGCUGUUCUGGUUUUUAGCCUGAAGAACGUUAUGCACGCUGAAAUGUAAGUUCAUGCAUGUGGCAGAGACUUUGGCGCUCUACUUAUAUGCCAUUCUUAUAGUGCUGGGAGAUUGUAUAUGUAAUAUAAAUCCGUCUCCAAGUGGUAUUUACACUGACAGCGUGUAUUGCACUGUGCAGCAUUACGGUGUAGAAAGCCCUCAUUAAUCCACUCCACAUGACACCAACAAAAGGGUCUGAUACCAUAUUUAACGGUGGUUUUUCUUUUUUGUUGUUGUGUUUUACAGUUCUUUUUCCUGGUUCAACCAGUCAUAUACCAGGCCCUGCUGAAAAUACCACCCAACAGUUUUGUCUUCAGCAGCUAAUCCUGUUUCUCAAGUGGCCUUUUCUGUGUUGUGUGUGUGUGUCUGUAAAGAUGACAGUGUUUGAAGUUAAAUUGGUUUCAGAUUUAUGCACACCCAUGGACCAUCUCAUAAAAUUGCCUUCAUUUUUUCCUUCAGCAUUGGACAUAUGUCCUUCUCUAUAGAUAUGGCUUUUGCUGGCUCUUAAACUAGUUUUCUGAACGAGUACAGUGUUCUGUGCUCUUGGUCUUUCUGUCUGGCAUGUUAAAUGCUUUUUGAAGUCUACAGUGUAGUGUUAAUGACUGCCUAAAUUAAACUUUAGUGGUUAUUGAAAGGGGAUGACAUUCAUUUUAUCAGGUAAGGAAAAAGGAAUCAUGUUGACAUGUCUUUUGACUUGUCUGGAGCAAACUAGUUGCCAGCAAAAGACAAUAGAGGAUUUUAUUAAAUGUUCUCUUUGUUCUGUGGUAAGAUAAACCAUUAACAGUAAACUGUACCAUGCUGUUGACUCCGAAGUCAUAAACUUUUGUUUUGUGUAUCUUGAUUUUUUUGUGUACUUUAUAGCGAAGCAGCCGACGCGAGUCGCUUGUUCAUAAAACAUCUUAUGAAACUUGAGAGCACACCCCACUGGAGAUCCGGCUGUGCUUGCUUACGUUUGGUUCAUGACUUAAAAAACAAGUACAGGUGAUAAAAUCUUGGCAGUGUUAACCGCAGUAGUGUGUAUUGUGACAUUUUUUUUCUCUUAGUUUUUCUACAAUAAUGCGUAGAAUGAGGGAACACGUUCAGACUUACAGAUGUGAAAGGGAUAUCUGUACGUAUGUAUUUCACAAGAUUUAUUAGUUGCCUAAGGAGCUGACAUUUCUUGGUGUGUUAUGUGUCUUGGAUGCUUACUUUGGCAUCUGUUAACUCCUGUUUGUUUGUCUGCAGGAGUCAUUCCUGAUGAGGCCAAGGCUUUGUCACUUUUGGCACCAGCCAAUGCUGUUGCAGGACUUCUUCCUGGUGGAGGUCUUCUUCCAACUCCAAACCCUCUGGCAUCGAUCGGGGGUGUCCCGUUGGCGGCCCUUGGAGGUCCCACUCUUGACCCUGCCUUGGCUGCACUGGGUUUACCAGGGUCCAAUAUGAAUUCCCAGUCUCUUACUGCUGAUCAGCUUCUGAAGCUCAUGACAACUGUUGAUCCUAAGUUGAACCAUAUGGCUGCAGGAAUGAAUCUCAAUCCUGGUUUGAAAGCAGACUCCUCCAGCAAAGAAAUCGAGGAGGCUAUGAAGCGCGUUAGGGAAGCACAGUCAUUGAUUUCCGCUGCAAUUGAACCUGGAAAUAAGAAGGAUGAAAAACGGAAGCAUUCACGCUCCAGAUCAAGAUCAAGAAGAAGGAGGUCCAGGUCUAGGUCAAGACAUAGGAGAUCAAAGAGCAGAUCAAGACGGCGGUCCCACUCAAGGGGUCGAAGGCGCUCGAAAAGUCCUCGGAGGAGAAAGUCUCAUUCAAAGGAGAGAGGCAGGAGGUCUCGCAGUAAAUCCAGGGAUAGAAAGAAAGAGGAGAAGGUUAAAAAGCGCUCUAGAACCCCCCCGAAGAGCUACAGUACCACCAGGAGAUCACGAAGCACUAGCCGUAGGCGCAGAAGAAGUCGCAGUGCAUCCAGAUCGCCAAAGAAGUCCAGGUCCCCGAAGAGAAAAGUCUCCAGGUCUCCCUCUCCUCGAAGGCACAAGAAGGAAAAGAAGAAGGACAAGGACAGAGAGAGGGAGCGUGACAAGGAUCGGGAAAGGAAGGAGGAGAAGGACAGGAACAGAGGGGAAAGAGAGCGGUCCACCAGCAAAAAGAAGAAGAAUAAAGACAAGGACAAGGACCGGGAGAAGAAAUCUGACAGUGAAAAGGGGGACGUUAAGGUAACCAGAGACUACGAUGAGGAAGAACAGGGCUAUGACAGCGAAAAGGAGAGAGGGGAGAAGCAAGAUCUGGACCCUGCCAUGUCCCCUGAUCUCAAGGGGUCACCAGAGAAGGGCACAGGCGAGGUUGUGAAGGAGCCCAAAGUGAAUGGUGAUGAUCAUCACGAGGAAGACAUGGACAUGAGUGAAUGAAGAAACCCCCUGAAAUCCACCCUCAGGGUGAACAGGUAUCUAGAAGAUAGUAUUCCUCUGUCAGGUUUUCUGUUCCUUUUAAAAGCAACAACUAUGGUAAACCUUUUGCAGUCCUUAAAGGGUAGCAGGUGAAGUCUUAUUUACAGUGUAUAGUUUUUAAUAUUUUAAUACAAUAUUCAUCUUUCACAGAAUACAGUGUAGAAUUAGCUGGUUUCAUUUGCAGAAGGUAGAAUGACUUGUGCAUGUUGGAUUUUUGUCCUGAUUUACACUUGUAAAUUAGCAGUGUGAUAAUAUGGCAUUAUUAGAAAUGAUAUUCAUUCAUUUCUUACUGCUGUAAUUAAAUCAAGAGCCAAUUUAUUAAAGUGAGCCUUGAUAUUCCUGCAUAAAUCCUAUUUUUUGCUUUGACUUAAUCUUGUACAAUACUAAUUGGUGAAACAGUCUGAUCUCAGUAUGUUGCAAAAUACUUAAGUUGUUCCAGUACAUGUCUUGUAUACUUUAAUAUUUUGCUGAAUUAGAUUAGUUGGAGCUUGUUUUCACUUUUUUCCACCACUUGAACCUCUGCCACAGUUGUAUUUGACUUGGGCUGAACUAUGCUAUGCUCAGUGAAUUCAAACCUGUCCCUAUUAAGUCUUGUGAUUUCUUUAAAGGCAUAUACCGUUUCCCACUGACACAAUACAUAUGGAGUUAAAACAUUUGUGGGUUAGACUGUCAGUGUAAAAUUUGUAAUGUUUCAUCAGUUAAAAUUUGAUAAUAAAACUUGAUAGAAAAAGGC